AUGGACACCGGUGUGAUUGAAGGUGGAUUAAAUGUCACUCUCACCAUCCUGCUACUUAUGCAUGGAAAGGAAGUUGGCAGUAUCAUUGGAAAGAAAGGAGAAUCAGUUAAGAAGAUGCACAGAGAGAGUGGUGCACGUAACAACAUCUCAGAAAAGAAUUGUCCUGAGAGAAUUAUCACUUUGGCUGGACCAACUAAUGCCAUCUUGAAAGCCUUUGCUAUGAUCAUUGACAAACAGGAAGAGGACAUAAGCAGCUCUAUGACCAAUAGCACAGCUGCCAAUAGACCCCCGGUCACCCUGAGGCUGGUGGUUCCUGCUAGUCAGUGUGGCUCUCUCAUUGGAAAAGGUGGUUGCAAGAUCAAAGAAAUACGAGAGAGUACAGGGGCUCAGGUCCAGGUGGCAGGGGAUAUGUUACCCAACUCAACUGAGCGGGCCAUCACUAUUGCUGGCAUUCUGCAAUCCAUCAUUGAGUGUGUCAAACAGAUCUGCGUGGUCAUGUUGGAGGUCCCCCCUAAGGGCGUAACCAUCCCGCACCGGCCCAAGCCGUCCAGCUCUCCGGUCAUCUUUGCAGGUGGUCAGGACAGGUACAGCACAGGCAGCGACAGUGUGAGCUUUCCCCACACCACCCCGUCCAUGUGCCUCAACCCUGACCUGGAGGGACCACCUCUAGAGGCCUAUACCAUUCAAGGACAGUAUGCCAUUCCACAGCCAGAUUUGACCAAGCUGCACCAGUUGGCAAUGCAACAGUCUCAUUUUCCCAUGACGCAUGGCAACACGAGAUUCAGUGGCAUUGAAUCCAGCUCUCCAGAGUUGAAAGGCUAUUGGGCAGGUUUGGAUGCAUCUGCUCAGACUACUUCUCAUGAACUCACCAUUCCAAACGAUUUGAUUGGCUGCAGAAUCGGGCAUCAGGGCACCAAAAUCAAUGAGAUCCAUCAGAUGUCUGGGACGCAGAUCAAAACUGCGAACCCAGUGGAAGGAUCUACUGAUAGGCAGGUUACCAUCACUGGAUCUGCUGCCAGCAUUAGCCUGGCUCAAUAUCUAAUCAAUGUCAGGCUUUCCUCAGAGACAGGUGGCAUGGGGAGCAGCUAGAACAAUGCAGAUUCAGAUUCAUCCAUAAUCCCUUUCUGCUCUUCACCACCACCCAUGAUCCAUCUGUGUAGUUUCUGAACAGUCAGCAAUUCCAGGUUUUAAAUAGUUUGUAAAUUUUCAGUUUCAACACACUUUAUCAUCCACUCGUGAUUUUUUAAUUAAAGCAUUUUAAUUCCUUUCUCUGUUCAGCUGUUGAUGCUGAGAUCCAUAUUUAGUUUUAUAAGCUUCUCCCUGGUUUUUGUUUUGUUUUUUUUUUGGCUCAUGAAUUUUUCUGUUUGUCAUGGAAAUGUAAGAGUGGAAUAUUAAUACAUUUCAGUUUAGUUCUGUAAUGUCAGGAAUUUUUCAAAAAAAUUAAAAAAAAAAAAAAAAGGCUGGGCGCGGUGGCUCACGCCUGUAAUCCCAGCACUUUGGGAGGCCGAGGCGGGUGGAUCACGAAGUCAAGAGACCAUAGACCAUCCUGGUCAACAUGGUGAAACCCCGUCUCUACUAAAAAUAAAAAAAAAAAAAUUAGCUGGGCACGGUGGCGUGUGCGUAUAAUCCCAGCUACUCAGGAGGCUGAGACAGAAUUGCCUGAACCCAGGAGGCGGAUGUUGCAGUGAGCUGAGAUCACGCCAUUGCACUCCAGCCUGGGUAACAAGAGAGAAACUCCUUCUCAAAAAAAAAAAAAAAAGAGAGAGAGA